AGGAUCCCAUAGUCCUAUCUUCACUGCAUAACCAAUCUGAAUUCGGUAGUUUCAUUUCCAUUAGCGCCACCGCUCCGUCGUUCUCCGCCGCGCCGUAGUUAACAACCAUGGAGGAAUAUCCAGAAGAACUCCGCACCCCACCGGUUGCUCUAGUAUCUCUAGUGGGGUGUCCGGAUCUGCACGCAACGAUCACGGCGCACCUCCACGCGGAGCAGCCGCCGAUAAAUGCGCUGGCACUGCCCGAUUUCUCCAAGAUCUCGAUACUCGCCAAGUCUCCGAAGGAUAAUCCGGCCUCAUCUCAGCCCGUCGGCGGCAUAUUAAAGAGAGAUUGGCUUGCCAAGCACCGGACUAGAGUCCCUGCCGUCGUCGCUGCCCUAUUUAACUACGAUCACGUGACCGGAGACCCCGCUCAGUGGCUUCAGGUCUGCACCGAUCUCGAAAACCUCAAAGCUGUGAUGCGAGGAAGGAACAGCAAAUUGGUGGUGGUGGUUGUAGCUCAAUCAAACGCCAAAGAUGAAGUUAGUGAAGAUCGUAUGAUUGCCUUGAGAAAGCGUGCAGAAUUAGACUCAAAACACCUUAUCAUAUUUGUCCCAAAUGAGCCUUCGGAGCUUAACCAGUCCUUGAACAGGCUGGGGACCACAUUUGCAGAACUGGCAAAUGGAUAUUACAGAGAUGAAGGGCGAAAAAUUAAAGCACGCAUUGAAAGGAGAAACUUAGAGUUAAAUAUCCGAUACUGUUUCAAAGUCGCUGUAUAUGCAGAGUUUCGCAGAGAUUGGGGUGAAGCUUUGAGGAUGUAUGAUGAUGCCUAUCAUGUGCUAAGAGAAAUGGUUGGUACUUCAACAAGAUUGCCUCCAAUUCAACGUUUAGUUGAGAUCAAGAGUGUUGCUGAGCAACUGAAUUUUAAGAUUUCGACAUUGUUACUGCAUGGUGGAAAAGUUUUAGAAGCAAUUGCCUGGUUUCGCCAGCAUAAUGCUUCCUACAGGAAGCUUGUUGGGGCACCAGAAGUUACCUUUCUUCACUGGGAGUGGUUGAGCAGGCAAUUUUUAGUAUUUGCAGAACUGCUAGAGACAAGCUCUGCCACUAAUCAGAACUUAUCCUCUGCAGUUUCAGACAAUGCAGAUAGGCCAACUAUGUGGGAAUUUCAUUCAGCUUAUUACUUCCAGUUAUCAGCUCAGUACUUGAAGGAAAAGAGUUUGUCUUUUGAACUUGCACUAUCUAUGUCAGAGCAUUCUGAUGAGAUAGAUAGCAGUGCAGAAUCUGUGACGGCUUCCACUUAUAUUGGUCAGUUUGGGAGGCUUCUUGAGAAUGGAGAAACACUUACUACGCAACCCCUUACUGAUGAAGAAUAUGUCCGUUAUACUCUAGCAGAAGGGAAAAGAUUCCAGGAUUCCUAUGAAAUUAUUGCUCUCCUUAAAAAGUCAUCGGAAGCAUACAAAAAUAUUAAAGCCCUCAGAAUGGCAUCCUAUUGUGAAUUCCAAAUUGCUAGGGAGUAUUUCACUAUGGGUCAAUUUGAUAACGCAAAAGAGCUUCUAGACAGUGUCACACGUCUCUAUCGACUGGAGGGCUGGGUUACCUUGUUAUGGGAUGCCCUAUGUUAUUUGCGAGAAUGCUCAAGGAGGUGUGGAACAGUGAAAGAUUUUGUAGAGUACUCACUUGAAAUGGCUGCACUACCAGUAUCAAGUAAUGCUGCCUCUCAGUUGUUGAAAGAUUGUGGCCCAACAGUGCCUGCAAGUCUUUCACAGAGAGAAAUAAUACACAACAAAGUCUUUGCAGUUGUCAGAGGGGAAUCAGGAAGUGAAUCUAGUGAAGAAAAUGAUAGACUGAGAGUAUAUGCUGAUAAGCCUCUUUAUCUUGAGAUUGAUCUAGUCAGUCCCCUCAGAGCAGUACUUCUUGCAUCAGUUGCUUUUCAUGAACAAAUAAUUAAGCCUGGUGCACCAACAAUGAUUACGCUGUCCCUUCUGUCACGAUUACCCCUUAAUGUUGAGGUUGAACAGUUAGAAAUUCAAUUUAAUCAGUCAGAAUGCAAUUUUAUCAUUGUAAAUGGUCAAAGGUCCCAUUUAGCUUCAAUCUCUCGGGUGCAACCUGGUCGCCGAGUUGAGACGGCUCCUACCUUGGAACUCAUUACGAACAAAUGGGUACGGCUGACAUAUGAGAUAAAAUCUGAGCAAAGCGGAAAACUGGAAUGCAUAUAUGUAAUUGCUAGGCUGGGGCAGUAUUUUACAAUCUCUUGCAGAGCUGAAAGUCCUGCCUCGAUGAAUGAUUUAUCACUAUGGAAGCAUGAAGAUAGAGUUGAAACUAUACCAACCAAGGAUCCUGGUUUAGCACUUUCUGGUCAGAAAGCUGUCCAGGUUGAAGAACCAGAUCCACAAGUGGAUCUAAAAUUGGCUUCUUCUGGCCCAGCAUUGGUUGGGGAGAGAUUUAUUGUUCCCGUGAUUAUUACUUCCAAGGGUCAUGCAGUCCAUUCUGGUGAAUUGAAGAUUAAUUUGGUGGAUACUAGAGGUAGUGGCUUGCUUAGUCCAAGGGAAUCAGAAUUAUCUACUACAAUAGAUAAUCUCCACGUGGAGCUUGUUGGCAUAUCUGGACAAGGUUGUGAAGAUCAAUCUGAAGCUAAUUCUGAGAAUACUCGGAAAAUUCAACCCACUUUUGGAUGGAUCUCUAUUCCCUUUUUAAAUGAAGGAGACUCGUGGUCUUGUAAAUUAGAAAUUAGAUGGAAUCGCCCUAAGCCUAUCAUGCUUUAUGUGUCACUGAGUUACUCUCCCCAUGGCACAGAAAAGAGUACACAGAGAGUUAAUGUACAUAAAAGCUUGCAGAUAGAAGGCAAGACUGCUAUUGUAAUGAGCCAUCGCUUCAUGUUACCUUUCCGACGGGAACCCCUUCUUCUAUCAAAGACCAAGCCAGGUUCUGAUCCUGAUCAAACACCUACUCUGGCUUCAAAUGAGACUAAUAUGCUCGUCGUUACUGCUAAGAACUCCACAGAGGUGCCUUUGCUCUUGAUGUCGAUGUCUAUUGAGGCAGAUGAAGAUGGCCCGUCCCCUGUGCAAAGCAGGAAAGAAGAUGCCAUGGAACCUAUGCCUCUUGUUGCUGGAGAAGAGUUCAAGAAAGUUUUCGCAGUCACUCCUGAGGCAACUCAGUCAAAAUUGAGUAUGGGAACAGUGUGCUUGAGAUGGAGAAGAGAUUCUGAAAUUAUUCCUGAUGCUACAAAAUACCAGGUUUCGACAAAAUACAGCCUCCCAGAUGUAAAAGUAGAGGUGCCUCCUUUGGUUGUGAGUAUAGAUUGUCCUCCUCAUGCUAUUCUUGGAAAUGCAUUUACGUGUUCCAUCAGAAUUAGCAACAGAACACCAUUCCUCCAGGAGAUUAAAUACUCAUUGGCAGAUUCACAAACUUUUGUCCUGUCCGGUUCCCACAAUGACACAAUCUUUGUCCUCCCAAGAUCUGAUCAUCUUCUCAGUCACAAACUUGUUCCGCUCGCCUCAGGAUUUCAGCAGCUUCCUCGAGUUACUGUGACCUCAGUGAGACACUCAGCUCGCGUUCAACCUUCAGUUGCAGCUUCCACAGUUUUUGUAUUCCCUUCGAGCCCUCACCUUAAGUCGAAUAAUGUGGUGGAGGCAAAAAUGGAGUCUGUUGCAGCGGAAUAGAUUACUAUAAAGUUUAUGGAAUGCAGUCUGAACAAGGUGAUUGUGGGUACUUCUCCAGUUUUGUUAGUGUACACGAAGUUGUUAACGAUACAAAAUUGAAUUACUCAUGUACUGGCGUUAGAGAUUCACAUUCUUGUACCUCAUCCAUUUUUGUUUUAACUUCAUUGAUUAUAUAAGAGCAUGAAAAAGUUUGCUUCA